AUGUUUUGGGACAAAGUUUUAAUAUUUUCAAUAUUUUUUAUUUAUUUAUCUCAUGCUCAAUCAACAAAUUUUGUUGAAAAAUAUCGUCCAUUACGCGAACAAUGUCAACUUCAACCAAAAAUUAGCGAAUGUAUAAAAUUAAAAUCAAAAUUUAAUCAAUUAUUAAAAAAAUGUAAAAAAUUAAAUAAUAAACAACAAGAAAUAUGUAAAGAAGUUCAAUAUAAAUUAUGUGCCGUAUUUCCUGACGAAUGUUUAUCAACUUCAACUAAAAUACCAUUGACAACAAAAAAAAUUUUAAAAAUUAUAACAACAAAAACACCGAUCAUAUCAACAGUAACAGCAGUAGCAACAGCAACAGCAACAACUUCUGUCGUUAAUGUACCAAGUGAUAUGGCUGAAUUUAUUAAAGUUCCUACUGAUCCUGAUGAAUUACGUCGUCGUGGAGAAUAUUGUGUACGUCAUGGUAAAGAACAAAAAUGUAGUAAAUUAUUAACAAAUUUAAAAUCAAAAUAUACCACAUGUACAAAAAAACCAAAAGAAGAAAUUGGAUGUACAUCAUUUCAAACUCAUUUAUGUCGAGCUUUUCCAAAAUUUCCACCAUGUACAAAAAUGCCAUCAAAAUCAGCCAUGUAG